AAAACAACGUCGUCUCUAAAGCUAGAAAAAGUGUAAACUUGGUGCUCCCUAGUUAUCCGAUCCUCCCCUAAACCUUCAGCUAUCAUCGCCGCCGCAUCACGUAGCUGAACUCCCGCCGGUCAACACGUCUACCUAACCUUGCUGCCGUUGCUUCAGUUGCUGGAAAUCGUAUACAGAUGGAUGAGGGUUCACAUCACUCGUAAUUUUAAUUUAGCGUUCGAUUGCCGUCGGGUCGUCACUUGUUCGUUUGCAUCUCCUUUAUCAUUCUGGGUGGCAGCAGCGGCGGAUUGUUUACUAGUAAAUCUUCGUAGGAAGAAUUACCUGUCUGCUUUAGGUAGGUUCAAUUUUUCGACUGUUGCUUCGGUGCGAGAUUCCUCCUGCGUGAAGACCAUGGGUUCGCAAGCAGCGGCGGAGGUCGAGUGGCCGGCCAACAAAGUUAGAGAUACUUUUGUAAAGUUUUUUGAAGAAAGGAAUCACGUUUACUGGAAAUCAAGUCCUGUCGUUCCUGUCAAUGAUCCCACUCUUCUCUUUGCGAAUGCUGGAAUGAACCAGUUUAAGCCUAUCUUCUUGGGUACUGCUGAUCCUAACACAUCAUUGAGCAAACUGACUCGUGCAUGCAACACUCAAAAGUGCAUUCGCGCUGGUGGGAAGCAUAAUGAUCUCGAUGAUGUUGGCAAAGACACUUAUCAUCAUACCUUCUUUGAGAUGCUUGGUAACUGGUCAUUUGGUGAUUAUUUCAAAGAAGAAGCCAUUGGAUGGGCAUGGGAGCUUCUAACAACGGUUUUUAAGCUACCUACUGAUAGAAUAUAUGCUACUUAUUUUGGUGGUGAUGAAAAACUGGGCCUUCCUGCUGAUAACGAAGCCAGAGAGAUAUGGCUCAAAUAUCUGCCAACCGAAAGAGUUUUGCCUUUUGGUUGUAAAGACAACUUCUGGGAGAUGGGGGACACUGGCCCAUGUGGACCCUGUACUGAAAUACACUUUGAUAGAAUUGGUGGUCGUGAUGCUGCGGAUUUAGUUAACAAUGAUGACCCUACAUUGAUUGAAAUAUGGAAUAAUGUGUUUAUUCAGUUUAACAGGGAAGCUGAUGGAUCCUUGAAACCUCUACCUGCUAAACACGUGGAUACUGGAAUGGGAUUUGAAAGAUUGACUUCGAUUCUUCAGAACAAGCUGAGCAAUUAUGACACUGAUGUCUUUCUACCUAUUUUUGAUGCUAUCCAGAAGUCAACCGGUGCCAGACCAUAUUCGGGCAAAGUGGGGCCAGAUGAUGUGGAUGGAAUUGAUAUGGCAUACAGAGUUGUUGCUGAUCACAUUAGAACUCUUUCAUUUGCCAUUGCAGAUGGUUCUUGUCCAGGCAAUGAAGGGCGUGAAUAUGUUUUGCGCCGCAUUCUUCGGCGAGCUGUACGUUAUGGAACAGAAGUAUUGAAAGCACAACAAGGAUUUUUCAAUGGAUUGGUAAAAGUUGUGGUGGAUGUAAUGGGUCAUGUUUUUCCUGAGCUAAAGCAACAAGAGACACAUAUCAGGGAGAUUAUAGCAGAAGAGGAAGCAAGCUUUGGGAGGACGUUACUCCAUGGAAUUGAGAAGUUUAAGAAGACUGUUCAAGAUGUCCAGGGAAAGAUAUUUAGUGGACAUGAUGCAUUUCUGUUGUGGGAUACUUUUGGAUUUCCAUUGGAUCUAACUCAGUUGAUGGCAGAAGAAAGAGGGUUGACUGUUGAUGUUGAUGGUUUCAAUAUUGCAAUGAAUGAAGCCAGAGAAAGAUCAAGAAACGCCCAGAAUAAGCAAGAUGCUGUUAUGAUUGUCAUGGAUGCAGAUGCCACCUCAGCACUGCAUAAGAAAGGGGUUGCUACAACAAAUGAUAGUUUCAAGUUUACAUGGUUUAAGGACCAUAAAACUGUGAUAAAAGCCAUUUACACGGGUAGUGAGUAUGUGGAACUUGCUUCUGUUGGUGAUGAUGUUGGUAUAAUUCUUGAAAGCACAAGUUUCUAUGCUGAGCAAGGUGGUCAGAUAUUUGAUACUGGAGUACUUGGAGGCUCAUCUGGAUCAUUUGAAGUUGUGAAUGUUCAAGUUUACGCUGGUUAUGUGAUUCAUCUUGGUAAAAUUAGUGGGAAGUCUGGCACUUUCCAUGUGGGCGAUGAAGUAGUUUGUAAGGUUGACUAUGAAAGGCGUCAGCGCAUUGCUCCUAACCAUACCUGUACACACAUGUUGAAUUUUGCCUUAAGGGAAGUACUUGGAACACAUGUUGACCAGAAAGGAUCAAUUGUUCUUCCUGAAAAACUAAGAUUUGACUUUUCCCAUGGAAAGCCAGUAAAGCCAGAAGAUCUUCGCAAAAUCGAAUCCAUUGUGAAUGAACAAAUUAAAGCUGAACUAGAAGUUUCUGCAAAGGAGGCAAGCCUUGCUGAUGCAAAACGUGUCAAUGGAUUACGUGCUGUAUUUGGUGAAGUGUAUCCUGAUCCAGUUAGGAUUGUUGCUAUUGGUCGAAAAGUUGAUGAACUCUUGGCUAAUCCUGAAAAUGAUGUGUGGCAAUCCAUAUCUGCAGAGCUCUGCGGAGGUAUAUAUGCAUUUUAA